CCUAAGCAAUGGCCGCCUGCAUGAACAGGGAAAGUCAAUAACUUCAGAAUAGUUGAAUUUUUAGCGUUUUUGCCUUCCUGAUUAUAUCAAUAUGUUUGUCUACUUGAGCAAGAAGAUUGCUAUACCUAACAACACUAAGUUACGAAGUGUAUCAUGGAACAAAGAACAAGGCUACAUAGCAUGUGGUGGAGAAGAUGGUUUGUUGAAAGUGCUCCGUCUGGAAACACAGAUAGGAAAAGAUGUAAAGGUGAAAGGAUUGGCUGCUCCUAGUAAUUUAUCAAUGAACCAAUCAUUAGAGGGUCAUGCUGGAGCUGUCCAGUGUGUUACAUGGAAUGAAUUAUAUCAUAAAUUAACAACCAGUGAUCAAUAUGGUCUUAUUAUAGUCUGGAUGUUAUACAAAGGUUCAUGGUAUGAGGAGAUGAUUAAUAAUCGUAAUAAAUCGGUUGUACGAGGUAUGAAAUGGAAUGCUGAUGGUCAAAAGAUUUGUAUUGUCUAUGAGGAUGGAGCUGUAAUAGUCGGAUCUGUAGAUGGUAAUAGAAUUUGGGGAAAAGAAUUAAAAGGUCUCCAACUAGCACAUGUAGAGUGGUCACCGGAUGGUAAAAUGAUUAUGUUUGGAAUGGUCAAUGGUGAAGUUCAUAUCUUUGAUAAUAUGGGAAAUUUUAUUACCAAACUACAGAUUUAUUGUUUAAGUAAUGUAACUGGUGCUAUACAUAUAUCUGGUAUAGACUGGUAUAAUGGAGUACAUGGUUAUAUAGAACAGAACUGUCCCUGUCUAGCUAUAUGUUUUGAUAAUGGAAGAUGUCAGAUAAUGAGAUCCGAGAAUGAUGAAAAUUCUAUAUUAUUGGAUACUGGUAUGCAUGUAGCACAGAUACAAUGGAAUCAUACAGGAUCAGUAUUAGCUAUAGCAGGUUCACAAGGUGCUGUAGGACAAGAUAAAGAGGUUAAUGUUGUACAGUUUUAUACACCAUUUGGAGAGCAUCUACGAACAUUGAAAGUACCAGGUAAACAUAUGACAGCUUGUUCCUGGGAAGGUGGUAGUUUACGUAUAGCUCUAGCUGUUGAUUCAUUUGUCUACUUCGCUAACAUUAGACCAGAUUAUAAGUGGGGAUAUUGUUCUAAUACAGUUGUGUAUUCUUUUACCAAACCUGAUAGACCAGAACACUGUGUCAUCUUCUGGGAUACCAAAAAUAAUGAGAAAUAUGUGAAACAUGUAAAAGGAUUAAUAGGCAUCACAGCAUGUGGAGAUUACUGUUGCCUAGCAACUAAAGCAGAGGAAGUGAAUGGUCAGUAUGUAUUAUCAUUGUGUAAUUCUAUUGGAACACCUCUAGAUUCUAAAUAUAUAGAAUUAGAACCGGUUUAUAUAACCAUGACUAAAAAUCAUGUUAUAACAGCCUCUAGAGAAGCUUUCUAUACAUGGCAAUUUAAAAAUCCCAAGAAACUAGCAACUCUGGAGAUGACUACUAAAAGAAAAGCUGGAGCUGAAAGACUUCAUCAUAUUGAUGAAACACCAUCAGGUGCCUCUGCUCAAGAUGAGAUUGAUUUCCAAAAAGCUUUUCAGCCAUCAGAUGAUCCUAUAUGUUGUAUAUGUGCCUCAGAUAAAAUGCUUGUUGUUGGCCGUGAAUCUGGCACAAUGAAUCGUUAUUCCAUGCCUAUGUUAUCACUGGUUAACAGAUACAAUCUGUCCUGUAGACCUCAUCAACUAGCCUUAAACUGUACAUCCAGUCGUUUGGCUAUUAUUGACAUUGCUGGUGUAUUGACCUUCUUUGACCUCGAUGCUAGAGUAACUGACCAAGACGGACGAGAGGUCGUGGGUGAACAUCUCAAAUUUGAGAGAAAAGAUGUUUGGGAUAUGAAAUGGGCUGAUGAUAAUAGUGAAUUAUUUGCUAUGAUGGAGAAAACAAGAAUGUAUAUCUUUAGAAAACUUGAUCCAGAGGAACCAAUAUUAAGCAGUGGUUAUAUUUGUCAGUUUAAUGAUCUACAAAUUAAAUCUGUCCUGUUAGAUGAAAUCAUGAAAGAUCCUGACAGUCCUAAAGUAGAAGAUGUACUGGAAAUGGAAAUUAAGUCCCUGAGAGAUACAGCUGAUCUGUUAGAGAAAGUAGGAAUACAAGAUGCUCAACAAUUCAUAGAAGAAAAUCCACACCCUAGAUUAUGGAGACUAUUAGCCAAGGCAGCACUAGAAGCUUUAGAACUAAAUGUAGCAGAAACAGCAUUUGUGAAAUGUAAAGAUUACCCUGCUAUAGAAUUUGUUAAAAAAAUUGGAAAUUUACAGAAUGAGAAUUUAAAGAAAGCUGAAGUUGCAGCAUAUUUUGGAAGAUACGAUGAAGCAGAAAAAACUUAUAUCGAAAUGGACCGAAGAGAUCUAGCCAUUGGUAUGAGAAAGAAACUAGGUGAUUGGAUGAGAGUACACCAGAUGUUAACAACUGGGGGAGGUGGAGAUGAUUUACAAAUGGAGGAAGCUUGUAAUGCUAUUGGCGAUCAAUAUGCAGAUAUUCAAAAAUGGCCAGAAGCUGUAAAGUAUUAUCUUCGAGGCAGAAAUCAAGAAAGAUUAGCUGAAUGUUAUUAUAUGUUAGAAGAAUAUCAAGGUCUGGAGACCAUGGUCGAUUCUUUACCAGAAAAUCAUAAAUUAUUACCAGAUAUAGCUAAGAUGUUUUUAAGUGUUGGAAUGUGUGAUCAGGCUGUUAAUUCUUACAGAAAGUGUAAUAAAAUAAAGGAAGCCAUUGAUUGUUGUGUACAGUUGAACCAGUGGAAUACUGCCAUUGAUUUAGCUAAAACUCAUAAUGUACGAGAAAUUGAUACGCUUCUGGCUAAAUAUGCCCAACAUUUACUGGAGAAAAAUAAACAAAUCAAUGCUAUUGAACUGUACAGAAAGGCUGGACAUUUUAUGGAAGCUGCUAAAAUCUUAUAUAAAAUGUCUGAAGAUCAAGGUAAACAGCGUAGUAAACCACUAAUGAUGAAGAAACUCUACGUAUUGGCUGGUCUGAUGGUUGAACAAUAUCACGAAGCCAUGAAAUUAACAUCUAGAAAUAAAUCAAAAGGCAGGAAAGCUGAGGCUGCGACAGCAUUAGCAGGUUUUCUAGAAGAAGAUGUUAGUAUGAAUGAUACUAAGAUUAUAGAUAAUGUAUGGAGAGGUGCUGAGGCGUAUCAUUUCUAUAUCAUGGCACAAAGACAAUUACAUGAAGGUUAUGUUGAUGCUGCUAUGAGAACUGCUCUUCAUUUACGAGAUUUUGAGGACAUCAUUGAUCCACUGGAUAUAUACUCUCUGUUAGCAUUGGUAUCUACAGCUAAUAAAGGAUUUGGAACAUGUUCAAAAGCUUUUAUAAAAUUAGAGUCUAUUGAUACAAUAUCUCCAGAACAAAAACAACUUUAUUCUGAACUAGCUUUAGAAAUAUUUACACAUCACAGUCCUAAAGAUACCAGAAAUAAUAAAGUAGAAUGUCCAAACUGUGCUUCACCUAUGCCUGAUUGGUCUACGUUGUGUACAAGCUGUGAUUCUAAAUUUCCUACUUGCAUUGUGACUGGACGACCCAUCCUAGAAAAUGAAUUCUGGAUGUGUAGCCAUUGUAAACACAGAGCCGCAGAGAAAGAAAUACGCACAAAACAUGCUUGUCCAUUAUGUCAUGGUCCAUUCUAAACUUUAGAUAAAUAUUGCUUAUUUAGGCCAUAUAAAAAAACAUUCUGUUUUUCAGAAAAAAAUUUGAAACAUCAAUAUUAUGUUGAAAGGUUUUUUUUUUUUUAUUGUUUUCAUUUUGUCAAAGCAUCACCUGACAGCUGAGACUAAACGACUUAUCACAAAUAUUACAAUUCAAGGUUUUAUAUUUAUAUCAUCAGUUGUGUAGAACAGAAAAUUACUUUCACACUGUGAAUCACAGUCACUAAAUUUUCAAUCUGAUUAAAACACAGAUUCUAUUUCGUUUCAUUUUUUUUAUAGUUCAAAAUUUCGUUUUACUUGACUUUACUACACUAAGUAGGACCUGGAAGAGUUAUUAUAUAUAACCUGCAUUCUGGAUGAUGUGAGGGAUUAGCCAAUGAAACGGUCUGUUACGGCAAGUUUUUGGCGUGAGGUAACCCACUAGGAACAUCAACGCUGAUUGGUUAAUCAAAUGUCUGAUGUCAUAGGGUCAAAAGCCGCUCGUAUGACCUUUGAUGCGACCUUCCACAACAACUGUCAGAUCUUCAUGUAGUGUAGGCCAUCGAAAGUAUAAAAAAACGAAACGAAAUAUAUAUCUGUAUUUUAAUCAGAUGAGACAUUGACAAUCAGUCUACUGAUACUAUGGACAUAGUUGGUAUUAUUUAUAUUUCAGCCUUAUUUUUAAAAAAAUCAAUAAGAAAAUUAAUGAUUUCUUUGAAAAAUCAAAGCAUCGGUAUACACUAUUUGUCAAGAUACAUAGAAAAUUGAACAGGAGCAGAGAUGAUUCUAACAGUACUGGUUUGAAUGAACACUCGGCGUUUGAACAUUAUUUAUUGCUAUUUAUUCAUCAUUGAACAAUUAAAUAUUGUUAAUAACAUGAAAAGAAAAACAUUUUUAAAUAUGUAUGCUAAAUAUCAUCCAGAAAAAUCAAAACCGCAUUAUGCUUGGUUUCUCAAUAACAGGUCAUGCCUGUAUUAAUAACUGGCAGUAUCUUAGAACCAGGAUGUUUUGUUGUUUUUGUAUGGGCCUAUUUAUUUAUUGAUUUAUAUUAUUUAUUAUUGUCAUCUGUAUAUAUCAGACCUCCAUAAUCCUAAAAGAAGUGAAAUGUUUGUGAAUUUAUUUGUCAUAUCCAUAUUUAUUGAAUCAUUUGAAAGAAAUAUUUUGUUCAGAUUAACAGUCUCACUGAAAUUAAACAUACAUUAUGCAGGAGCUAAAUCUGUCUAUUGCAGGUCUUUCUUUACGCCUGAAAUGUUAUCUAAAUUAUUAAUUAGACAUUAAUUAACUUAUCCAGACCAUAAUCAACUCUAGAUGGCAUCGCUAGCCUGCGAUCUUAAGUGGAUUGUGAGCCUGUUUUACUGUAUAACUUUCCUUCUCGAUUAAAUGAUUAAAUGGAUAAUCGAGACUAUGCUGUUUAUCGUAUUGACUUUAGUAAUGAUGACCGAGGCUAGGCAGAAAUUUCAUUCGCUUAGUUCUCGGUUCAUAGUGGAUCAAUUUGAAUGAAAUUUUCAGCAAAUUGCCUUUACGUUAUCUAGUUUUUAAUUAUUACAGUGAGAACUGCCAACUCGUUAUCGAAUCUCCCAUAAUGUAUCUUUAAAGCUAUUUCUGAUUCAGUGCAUAUUAAAAUAUUAAUUUUAUAAGCUUGAUAAUUUAAUACACAGGUUUUUAUUCAGAAAUAAUGACCUAAUAGUCAAGAACUUUUGACUGUAAGCAUAAAAUUGUCAAAAUGUGGUGUUAAAAUAAAUAGUAAAUCCGGUGAUAUUAGGGACCUUUCGCAUCGGUACGAAAACGAACACCAAAACGAACAUAUGUUCGUUUUCGUAUCCUCUAACACACGGUUUUGCAAUCCGACGUACGAUAAUAAUUAGAUGGCGUUAAUUUCCACUCCAUGAACUUCUUGGUCAAGGCAAAGUUUUCAAUCGAUUUUUCGGCAGAUGUACAACAAAUCAAGCAGAAUAUUCCUUAUGAGCACAUUCUACGAACGCUACACAAUCAACAAUAUACACAAAGGCUUGAAAAAUGGUGAAAAAUUCAAUAUAUGAGACAAGAAACAUAUUCGAUUGCAUACCUACGUAAAUCCAGCUCCAUACGCGUAACGUUUUUCACUGGCCGAACACUCAUUACGGAUUGACGUCACAAGUACACAUGAAUGGUUGACGUUUUCGUUUUUGUAUUUGUUUUCGUACCGGUGCGAAAGGUCCCUAAUAUAUUUCACAAGCAAAAAUUACCAAAUAAAAUAUUCAAAGAAUUUCAAACCCUACACUUACUUUCCUCAAACGGUGUAUUGGUCAAAUAUAGUGUAUAAUUUUUUGAAGAAAAUAUCCGUCCAAAUUUCAUAUCUGGUCACAUUCCAUACUGAAUUGUUAAAAUAUGUUUGUAUAAUGUAUUAUAUUGUAUAAUGAGAGAUGGUGUAUAUUAAAUAUAUUAAAAAUA